CCGGGCAGCGGCUGCGCCGUAGGCUGGCCGCGGCCAGGAAGCGCUGCGGGGAGGGGCGGAGCGAACGGGCGGGAGCGAGCACUGGGCCCGCCUCGGCUGCCGCCGCCGCCGCUGCCGGGGAAUCAUCUAAGCGGCAGCGGGCGGCCUCAGCUUAGCGGCCACAAGCCACUUCUGCGGCUGCCCAGAGAAGCAGAGGUCGCCGGUCCCGUGUUGUCCCUCCUCUCCGCCCCCCAGGAGGGGCGAGAGGGAGCUGCGGCUGAUGUCAGAAAUACACUUUCGGGAAAUGGCCUCUAAAUCCUGGCUGAAUAUUUUAAUCUUCCUCUGUGGAUCAGCAAUAGGAUUUCUUUUAUGUUCUCAGCUAUUUAGUAUUUUGUUGGGAGAACAGGGUGACACCCAGCCUAAUGUUCUUCAUAAUGAUCCUCAUGCGAGGCAUUCAGAUGAUAAUGGAGAGAAUCAUCUAGAAGGACAAAUGAACUUCAAUGCAGAUUCUAACCAACAUAAAGAUGAGAACACAGACAUCGCUGAAAACCUCUAUCAGAAAGUUAAAAUUCUUUGCUGGGUUAUGACAGGCCCUCAAAACCUAGAGAAAAAGGCCAAACAUGUCAAAGCUACAUGGGCCCAGCGUUGUAACAAAGUGUUGUUUAUGAGCUCAGAAGAAAAUAAAGACUUCCCUGCUGUGGGAUUGAAAACCAAAGAAGGUAGAGAUCAACUAUAUUGGAAAACAAUUAAAGCUUUUCAGUAUGUUCAUGAACAUUAUUUAGAAGAUGCUGAUUGGUUUUUGAAAGCAGAUGACGACACAUAUGUCAUACUAGACAAUUUGAGAUGGCUUCUUGCAAAAUAUGACCCUAAACAACCCAUUUACUUUGGGAGAAGAUUUAAGCCCUAUGUAAAGCAGGGCUACAUGAGUGGAGGAGCAGGAUAUGUACUAAGCAAAGAAGCCUUGAAGAGAUUUGUUGAUGCAUUUAAAACAGACAAGUGUACACAUACUUCCUCCAUUGAAGACUUAGCACUGGGGAAAUGCAUGGAAAUUAUAAAUGUACAAGCAGGAGAUUCCAGAGAUACUACUGGAAAAGAAACUUUUCAUCCCUUUGUGCCAGAACACCAUUUAAUUAAAGGUUAUCUACCUAGAACCUUUUGGUACUGGAAUUACAACUAUUACCCUCCUAUAGAGGGUCCUGGUUGCUGUUCUGAUCUUGCAGUUUCUUUUCACUAUGUUGAUUCUACAACUAUGUAUGAGUUAGAAUACCUCGUUUAUCAUCUUCGUCCAUAUGGUUAUUUAUACAGAUAUCAACCUACCUUACCUGAAAAUAUACUAAAGGAAAUUAGUCAAACAAACAAAAAUGAAGAUACAAAAGUGAAGUUAGGAAACCCUUGAAAGAAAACCAUGAAUGAACAAAGGUAAAAUGUCUAGCAUUGCACUGAAGAAGGACUUCUGCAUUUCUGACAAAGAAUACUGGAAUCCCAGUGAGGAAUUUAAGUGAACAUUCCAUACAGAAAUCUUUCACAUGAAUGACUAUAAACUGAAGCUUUAAAUGAGCUGUGAAGUCUGUUAAAAUGUGUUUUGAUACAGUAAUAUAUAUCUAUAUAUAUAUAUAUAUGAAGAACUUGUGUUUUUAAAAUGGUAGCCAGGUAGAAGAACUAGAAAAGAGAUUUUGUUGCCUAUUUUUGACCAUCUGUAUUAUUGUUGCUGAGAAACUAAAACAGUUAAAUUUGCUAACACUACACUGCAUUAUGUUAGUAAUAAACAGAUCUGCCUUAAAGAAAAUUUUAGAAAGAAAUAUUGUCGCUCAGUGUUGUUAAUACAGCUCAAGAAUUUAGUUUAAUUUGCAGUAUGAUAUAAAUGAUUCAGCCCCUCCCUUCCACACACACAUAAUUUUUGUCUAAUGAAACUUUUGCUGUGAUUAUUUACAAUUGGCAGUAUUUCUUCCAGAAGAAGAUAAAAUAGGACUGGCACUUAUCCUGAGGUGCAUUAAUAAAACCACACUUUAAAAUGAUCAUGGGCCUUGACUAUAUUAUAUACUUCAUUCUAAUUAGUAAUCUUUUAUGGAAUCUCUGUUGUCUGUUUUCUAAAUAUGUUUAGCUACUCUUGAAUACCAUUCUCCACUAUUAAUAUUAAUUUACUCAAAGCAUUCAUAGCAUUCUGAAACAUUUAUUUUAUAAUAUUUGCUCCCAAAUUUACCCAUUGUUAAUUAUGGGUAACUAAUAAUAAAUUUAAUGCUAUUUGAGGAUGCUUUUCUUAUAUCAGUGCCACUCUCAGGAAUUACUAAGUAACAUUUUUAAUUGAUUAUUUUAAACUCUUUCCAACUACGUAGUUAUGGUUUCUUUAAUUCUCAUCCUGUUGAGAGACAAGAACUUGUUUGUGCCUUUCAUAACUUGUUUAAAGCAGAAUUUUAAAUUCACUUUUAGGAUCUGAGGUGGCUAUUAGUUACCCUAGCAAGAUUCUUUUGAAUGCAAGAUUUUGAGGGGAAUAAAUUAAAAACAAUAGAAAAUGCAGAGUGCUUAAACAAAAAUGUUGUACAUUGAAAGAGUACUUAAUUUAUAAAUAAUCUGAAGGUUGAUGCUGACUUACUAUUUUGGGAUAAUUGUUUUGCCAAUGGAUAAUUCUAACAAUGCAGAUUACCUAGUCAAGACUGUCAUCAAAAACAUUCACAAAUGUUUCAUUCUAUUUUUAGUGACUCUCUGUUUAAAGAGUUUCUGAAAGGAAAGAAAAUUAUUUUUAUUAUCUUAAGCAAUACUGAGUAUGUCAGAAUAUUUUACAGACUUUCUAUGAGAUUUUUAAUGGUACAAAAGAUUUACAUUUCCCUUAUGUUUAUCAUUAUGCCAAUUUGACAUGGCUGUCAUGCCACUGACUCUGCUGUUUAGCUAAAUAAUUUCUUUUUUU